AUGACUUCAACAAAUUCUGAAAAGUAUUAUUUCUCUAAAAUCCAACUAUACGAUCCUAAUGAAAUUAUAAAUUAUGGGAUACAACGACAGUUUCAACGGAAAAAGAAAAAAAAAUUGGCAAAACUUGAAAGAGAAGGCAUAUUCAUUGGGAAUAAUCCUGUUAAAUUGUUGAAAAAAGCCACUAAAACUAUACAAUCAACUUUUGAUAACAUGGAUAUGACAUCUAGUGACUUUAUGCGUAGAAGAUGGAGAAUCGCAUCUCUUAGAGCUCAAGGUGUGAAGGUUAAAGAUGAUAUAUCUCUUUUGAAAAAGUCAGCUAAUAAAGUGCACAAAUUAAAAGUGAAAAGUGCUAAGAAUUGGAAAAAGCGCAUAGAAACUAAUGAGCAAAAAAAAAAUGAAAGACAAGCUAAGAGGACAGCAAAUAUUCAAGCAAGAAGGAUGAAAAAGCUAUCGAAAAAAGUGAGUAAAGCUCGUGAUAAAGGAAGAAUUUUCACUGCAUGUGAAUAA